AUGGCCUCCUCCAGCACGAACCCGCUCAUAUCGAACCAGAAGUCCUCAGAGCUUCAAGCAGUUCUCCACCCCCUCGUCCUCCUCACCAUCUCCGACUACAUCACCCGCCACACCCUGCGCUCCCAAGCAGGCCCCAUCGUCGGUGCCCUCCUGGGCCAGCAAAACGGCCGCGAGGUCACCAUCGAACAUGCCUUCGAGUGCCACACGGUAACAGCGCCAGAGGUGGAUGGCGGAUACCUGCUAGACUCCAUGCGGUUCGCCGCGAGAUUAGAGCAGAUGAAGACAGUCCACAAGGACCGCAGCCUCGACCUCGUCGGCUGGUACACCCUCCUCCCCACCACCGGCCCGACCCCGACCGUCCUCCCCAUCCACAACCAACUCCUCGCCGACUUCAACGAGUCCGCCCUUCUCCUCGGCUUCCACCCAGAGGAGGUCCUCACCCACUCCGUCGGCGGCAAGCUGCCCAUGACCAUCUUCGAGUCAAACUCCGAGGUCGACGACGCCUCCAAGGCCGCCGCCGCGGAUGGCGAGGAUAAGAAGAUGGAGGACGGCGAGUCCAACAAGCUCAAGCUCCGCUUCCGCGAGCUGCCCUACACCGUCGAAACGGGCGAGGCCGAGAUGAUCAGCAUGGACCACGUUGCCCGCGGCGCCGGCAACGCCACCGCCAUCCAGGCCCCGAAGGAAGCGAAGCCCAAGGUCGUCGAGUCCGGCGGAAAGCGCCGCGCCGUUCUCCCCGAGGGCGACCAGAGUGAUGAGGCCGAGGUCCAGCUCUCGCCCGAGGAGGAGGAGAUGAUCGCCGCUCUCACGGCCAAGGCCAACGCCGUCAAGAUGCUCCAGGGCCGCAUCCGCCUCAUCACCAGCUACCUCGAGCGCCUGCCCCCCGAAUACCUCCCCGGCCUGGAGCAGCAGCAGCAGACCGCCGGCGGUGCGCAUACGACGCCCUCUCACACCAUCCUCCGUCAGAUCCAGGCGCUCGUCAACCGCUUGGAUCUGGUCAUGCCGUCGGACGUGGAGAAUUUCGAGAAGGAGGUCGUGGCCGAGGAGAACGACGUCGCCAUCGUCUCGCGCCUCAACGACCUCAUGCAGAGCAUCAGCGGCAUGCGAGACCUCGGCAAGAAGUUCAGCAUUCUGGAGACCGCCAAGAAUAGAGAUCGCAGAGCGGGUCCUGCCGAAUAUGCCGGCUACUCUGGCUCGCCCAGUUUUAGCGUCUCUGGCGUGGGCGAUGUCAUGAUCUAG